AUGGGUAAUUCGCCUUCUAAAGAUAAAAGGGGACCACCUUUAACCAGAACGGAUACUUCUAAUUCCACAAAGUCCACCAGGUCCACCCGGUCCAGGAUGUCCAGAGAUGACUCCAGUUUCAAGACAGCGGCAUCUGAAUCGCCCAUGCUUGCCCCCAAGUCCCCCAAGGUGCUCCUGAGGAAGGGCUCUUCUUCGUCUGCACAAGAUAUGGGAGGUGUACCGAAUUUGUCAUCAUCCCUAUCCUCCUUGAACAUAAAUACAAACUCAUCCGUAAGCAAUGGAGGAGGAGACUUGCCACCUUCAAUGCUCCAGGUGGAACCAAAGCAACCGAUUUUAAUGAGGAGGAAUACGAAUGACAGUGAAUUCCCCAUGUCACCAAGGAAAAGCGAAUUUAUCAAUGGAUCACCCAAUGGCACCACUUCGAGUUCGAAUUUGCUCGUGGGAAGCUCUGCCAUCAGUAGAACUUCAACCAGAGGUUCGAAUUAUUCAGCUAAUAAUUUCCCGUUAUCUCCGCAACCGACAAACGGGUCGUACAGGGAUGAAAAGGAGUAUGAGAAAUUGCAAAAUUUGAUGAUAGAUGGUGUUCCAAUAGAAAGAAAUAAUACAAAUACAAGCACCCCGUUGAAUGUCGCUACGCCGGUAGUUUCAAACGAAGUGUCACGUACAACAUCCAGGAGUAGUAAUAUACAGCAAAACACGUUACAACAGCAACUGCUGGAACUGCUGCCACUGAAUAGUGUGGACAUUGAAGACCUUAUACAAAGAUUGCUAGAUGCCGGUUACUCUGGUAAACGUACAAAGAAUGUGUGCCUCAAAAAUACCGAAAUCCAACUUGUCUGUCUGAAGGCAAGAGAAAUAUUCCUUCUGCAGCCGUCACUACUCGAAUUAUCACCUCCAGUGAAAGUUGUAGGUGAUGUACAUGGUCAAUACGGAGACUUGAUUCGUAUCUUCACCAAGUGCGGUUUCCCCCCGCUGACAAACUAUUUAUUCUUAGGGGAUUACGUAGAUAGAGGGAAGCAGUCAUUGGAAACAAUUUUAUUAUUACUUUGCUAUAAGAUCAAAUAUCCAGAGAACUUCUUUCUUUUACGAGGGAACCAUGAAUGUGCUAACGUCACCAGAGUAUAUGGAUUCUACGAUGAAUGUAAGAGAAGAUGUAACAUCAAGACAUGGAAGUUAUUCAUCGACACCUUUAACACAUUACCCAUUGCAGCUAUUGUCGCCGGAAAGAUAUUCUGUGUGCACGGAGGACUUUCUCCUGUGUUGAAUUCUAUGGAUGAAAUUAGAAAUAUUGCAAGACCAACUGACGUUCCCGAUUUUGGCUUACUUAAUGAUUUACUAUGGUCAGAUCCUGCGGAUACAAUGAAUGAAUGGGAAGAUAACGAGCGUGGGGUUUCAUACGUAUUUUCUAAAGUGGCCAUAAAUAAGUUCUUACUGAAAUUCGAAUUUGAUUUGGUUUGUAGAGCUCAUAUGGUUGUUGAAGAUGGGUAUGAGUUUUUCAACGACCGUACUUUGGUUACAGUAUUCUCUGCACCAAAUUACUGUGGAGAGUUUGAUAAUUGGGGUGCAGUUAUGAGUGUAAAUGAUGAAUUAUUGUGUCUGUUUGAAUUACUAGAUCCAUUGGACAGCGUAGCAUUGAAACAAGUGAUGAAAAAGGGUAAACAAGAGAGGAAGAGUGCACAACUACAACAACAACAGUUGAGCAGGUGA